GUACGAGCAAAGUCCAAAGUUAUCAAUCCGGACAGUAUUUAUCAUCUGCAAGUCAAGUAGCGUUCACUUGUUUUAACAGUCGGUAGUGUCUUUAUAAUGACAUGGUCGGACCGCACCGCGCUGCGGGUGAAUAAAAGUGCAAUGCGGAACUUAAAGUGUGAAGUGAGCAGAAAUUAAGGUGCAUAAACUCAAAUUUCCUCUCGAUUAGAGGAAGGGAAUGAGUUAGCUUAUUGUCACUGAUUAAUCACACAGCCUCAAAGAUGCCUCCCGAGACCAAAAAGGAAACGAAGACCAUACCGGGGGGUCUUCGAUUUGUCUUCGGAGGCCUUAGUGGUAUGUGUGCUACGAGUGUCGUCCAACCUAUGGAUCUAGUGAAAACCCGUAUGCAGCUCCUGGGCACAGCUGGCAAGAAUGUCACCAUGCUAUCCAUGACCAGAGAGGUGGUUAAAAACCAGGGAAUUCGCGGCCUGUAUGUCGGUCUCUCGGCCGCGUUGUUCCGACAAGCCACCUACACGACAGGCCGGCUCGGCUGCUUCACCUAUAUCACCGAUGUCUAUACAGCUAACUACGGCGUGCCAAAUUUCGGUACGAAGUUGGCUUUUGGCGUGAUUGCCGGUAGCGUUGGGGCGCUAGUGGGGAACCCUGCUGAAGUGGCGCUGGUUCGGAUGACUGCUGACGGGCGCUUACCACCGGAGCAGCGAAGAAAUUACACUAAUGUGUUCAACGCUCUUAGCAGGAUGGUCAAAGAGGAGGGCGCACUGACUCUGAUGCGUGGAACAUCGGCCACCGCCGCGCGCGCCGCUAUUCUUAACGCGGCUCAGCUCGGUACUUAUGCUCAGGCUCGUGAAGCACUGCUGCCUAAAAUGGGGGACGGCAUUCCCCUCCACUUCUGUGCUUCCAUGAUAGCAGGGUUCCUUUCAACGGCGGCUUCUUUGCCGUUCGACAAGGUCAAGACGAAAGUCCAGAACGCGGCCCAAGGCGGCUCCAGAGUGAGCAUGCUCGGCAUCAUCCUGGACGUCGUAAAGAAGGAGGGCCCCCUCGGCCUCUGGAGCGGCUUCCUGCCCACUUACUUCAAGAUCGGACCCCAUACUGUGAUUACUCUCAUCGUGUUGGAGCAGAUCAACGCUUUCUACUUAAGUUUAGCUUAAAUUAUGGUUGAUACCGGGACAUUACGUCACUACUUUGAAAAAAAAAAUCGCAUCUUCUUCUGUAAAUGAAAAGUCAAAUGUUGUAAGGUCAAUACCAUGAAGAAUAGAGAUAAAGGAGCAACCUCUU